AUAUUAAGAGAGUACAGUAGUAGUGUGAAAUAGACCAUUGAAGCGGGUGCGGUGUGUCGUCCUGACGUUCCCCGUCUGAUCUUUGGAUCUCCUACGCGGUCCUCAGCAGUCCUACGUGAACGUAUAGACACCAUCGUGUGGUGCUGUGGGCAGCCAACCACCUCCUAACACCACCAGCACCAUCACCAUCACCAGCGUCAGUCGAAACAGACGCACGCGCUUUUCUCUUCCAAUCGUCACGUCUCAAAUUGCGCGCAAAGCCUUUUGCUUAACUCACCGGCCAGUUAAACUUUACUUUGGUUUUUGCGUUUAUUCCGGGACGUUCGUGCAUCAAAUUACAAAUUCAUAAAAUUUAUAUUGUACACACCUACUCACAUUUAUAUAUAUAUAUAUCUAUAUCUAUAUUUAUGUAAUUAUAGAUUUUCAAAAAUAAUUAUAUAUAAAUAUUUGAAAAAAAAAAAAAUAAAUAAAUAAAACGCAGCUUAUUACGUGAAAAAGAUACGACGUAUCAAGUGUUUAAGACAGAAAAUAGUGAAAUUUGUAAAAAUUAUCGUGAAUUUUUGAGUUUUAUUUUUAUUACUCUUGUAGGUGAUUUUAAAAAUAAGAAAAAUAAUUUUUCUAGUCUAGUUUUUUAUUAUUUUAAUGAAAAAUAAUAAUUAUUGGUUGUAAUAAAAAAUUUGAGUGUUUUUAUCAACAUCUGUUUAGAUAAAUUUUUAAAUUCGUUUCCUUGUUAUCUUGAUAAACCGAAAUUAUUUAUUUGGUGAGUGAUGGCGCAACUGAUAAGCGUCAAACUGUCGAGAUUUGACGGAUCUCCAUGGGGAUUUCGACUUCAAGGUGGAAAAGACUUUGGAACCCCUCUUAUCGUACAGAAGGUGAAUGGAGGAUCACCGGCAGAGGCAGCUGGUUUGAAAGCUGGCGAUGCAGUAAUCAGAGUCAACAACACGGAUAUGUUUAAUUUACGUCACAAAGACGCUCAAGACGUAAUCGUCAGAUCCGGUAACAACUUUGAGAUGACUGUGCAGAGAGGAGGUAGUACUUGGCGGCCAAGUGUUUCACCUGUUUCCCAGUCAAUACCGUCACCUCAGCCUCAUCUAUCUGCUGGCAAUGUUUCACCUGUAACUAAAACUUCACUUGCUGCUAAAAAAACUGACGGACAUCUAAUUGGAAGUGGCCAUAACUUUAGUCCUAAACCUUAUCCAAAUGGAACAAGCGACUCUGGAGCUAUAAAAUCAAUUGUUAAUAAACAAUACAACAGCCCUGUGGGAAUUUACAGCGAGCAGACAAUCGCUGAAACUCUUUCAGCCCAAGCCGAAGUACUUGCUGGAGGUGUUUUGGGAGUUAAUUUCAAGAAAAAUGAGAAGAAUUACACGCCAGAAAACAGUGAGGUAUUUAAAAUGGUACGAGAAGCUGACAAAGAGCCAAAAACUCCAGAGCCCACUGACUCAGCGAUACACAGCGGAGUUGUAACACCAUCGUCACCAGCCCUAACUGGACUCAGAUCAGUGUCCGCGCCUGAGACUAAACCCCAGCCAACUCCACCACCGCAAGGCAGUUUACCACCUGGGCAAAACAUUUGCGCCGAAUGUGAAAGACUUAUUGUCGGAGUCUUUGUAAGAAUCAAGGAAAAAAAUCUUCACGUUGAAUGUUUCAAGUGUUCAACAUGUGGUACAUCCCUAAAGAAUGUUGGCUACUAUAACAUAAACAGUAAAUUGUAUUGUGAUAUUCACGCAAAACUCGUAGCAAGACAACAAGCUCCUGCUGGAUAUAUUCCAGUAACUGUUUCACCAGGAGCUAAAGCACCAGCUAGUACCAUUUCAGCAGCACUUGGAAAUUUCCAAACCCAUUCAGCAAUGUCACCAACACCAUUCAGCAACGGUAACAGCUCAACACCUUUCUCUACACGCAGAACAUUCUACCGGCCACCAUCCUCGUCCUCAUCGUACACCGGUGAUUAUUAUGGAGUAUCAUCGCAACCGGUUGAUCGUACUGGUACUGGUACCUACGAAUCGUUAUCAUCGGACGUUAACAAUCGGAUGAUUAUGAAGAACGAUGAAGUGAUGAACCACCAGCACAACAACAACAACAACAGCAACAACUACAAAACUUACACAAGUACCAUAACAAUUAGGACUGGGAGCGAGGUUGGAAAUAAGGAUUACUACAGCGACGACAUCAAUAAUACACCCAGUCACCUUGGCAGUUCGCCCCGUGCUGAUAAAUCGCCCAGUUCUAGUCUUGUUCAGGGAAACAUAAGUGGUCCGAAACCUUUCGGUGGGUCCAGUAAUUUCGGGCCAUCAUCCAAUUUUAAUUCGACUCCGACCUCAAAUCCAAUCACCAACAAUUUCUCUCGGCCUCAAAGUCAAACAGUCACUGAAUCUUAUCACGCGGAAUAUAAUUAUUUGGAGGAAAAGGAUAUACGAGGAACACCAGCACCUAGCACUGCUGACGAAUACUCCCGACCUCCGUCAUCGGUACGAAACAAGAGUUUACAGUGGCCUCCUAUUAAAAGUAUUGAGGAUAUAACUUAUCCGACAGCGAGCCCUAUUUGGAUUGAUCCGAAUCCAAUUUUGGAUAGACGACCAAGACACAACGUUCAGGAUAAACAAUCUGAACUUAAAGAAAGCUCUUGUCGAAGAAGUGAAAGCGUUAAUCGAAGGAGAGACGACUGCAGAAGAGAAGAAUCAAAUUACGGUUACUGGGGAGAAGAACCAAUGGAGAACAAACCAGUUUGCAGUGCACCCUUUUAUCGUAAGACAACAACGACGGAAUGUUCGGAAGUCCGACAGCAAUCUCGAAGCUCGAGUUUGACUCGACCGGGAUCUGCUGAAGGAGUGAGAAGAUCGCUAACACCAACGAGAAUCAGUCAGCCGGUCCCACGGCCCUGGACUGGUUCUUCCGAAACGGGUAGUUACGGUCACGUUCAAGCUCCAGUACCACCACCACCAGAAUCUACAAUCUGCCGGAAAGUUUGUACUUGCGAAAUAGUUUGCGAACGAAUAUCUGGACCAGGAGGUCCAGAACAUGAACAAGAACAUGUUUAUCGAGAAGUUAAAUGCGAAGUAUGCAACCCACCACCUUGUAUGCAGGUUUCAGAUUAUGAUGAAGAACAACAAAUUGAACAGCCGUGUGAUAUUCUUGAUCAGCAAACAGAUUCAGAGGUUGUAGAUUUGUCAAAAGUUGUUCCACCCGAUGUGGCAGUAUGCCCCAAAGGAGUAGAAAAUCAACAUAAUAUGUACACUGAGACUAUGGAGAAAGAUGAAGGUAAUAUUCAUAUUAAAAAGACAACGAUUUAUGAAAAAACUGUUGAAGUUGUUUCACCAACCAGUUCACCAGCAAACGAUAAUGAAGUUGAAAACUACUCUGGUCGUAAAAAAAAUGUUGAUUCUGCUGAAAAAAUUUCAUCGUUCAUUGAAACCAAACGAAUGAUUGAGGAAGCCAGACAAGAAGAACUUAGACAACGUGAAACUUAUGAGGAAGAGUGUAGACGCGAGGAAGAAAAGAUUAGGCGAGCUCAAGAAGAAGAAGAACGUCGGGAAGCCAAUCGUUUGAAAUUAUUGCAAGCUGAGAAGGAAGAAAAGGAACGUCGUAAACAAGAACAAAGACGAGAAACAGAAAUGCGUAUUCGUCAGGAGGAGGAAGAAAGAUCUGGAAAACAUGUAAGUUUUUCACAAAAUCAAUCGAGGAAUUAUCAAAACGAAAGUCGAAUUAUGUCUGCAGAAGAACAUUAUCGUGAGCUUAAAUCAGAGAUAAAGGUUCAAAAUACUAAUCAGUUUGAAGAAGAACGUCGUGAAAGUCUUCGCCAACAAGUAGAAGUUCACAAAUCUCUAAGAGAACAACAGGCACCUGAAAGACGUCAGCAGCAGCAACAACAACAACAGCAACAACAGACAAGUCUUCAGGAACGUCGAUUGGAAAAACGAUUUAGACCCCAAUCACCACCUCACGAGACCUCUUCUUCUUCUUGUCAACGUAAACAUGUUCAAUUUGUCAAGCAAACUGAAAGCGGAGCAUGUCCUAUGCAAGCAACUCCAGUUCCAAAUUCAACUCCCAAAGAAUGGAAAUCAGAAAUGGUUAAUGCAUUGACUACUGCUCCAUCUCGACCUUAUACCCCUCUUCAACCAUCCAACUUGCAACCUGCUUCUCAUUAUCACGAAGACAACAAUGCUUGUUCAACUAAGACAAUGUACUCUAGUGAAGUACGUUAUGAAGAAACUUCUCGAUCAUUUCCUCCUCCGCCUCAACCUCAGCCGUACGUUCCUAGACCAGGAUCACCAUUUACUGAUGCCUUGACCAUUGCGCCUGAACGUCCGUACACACCACUCGGUGAAGAUCAUUCAGACAGAGGCUACGAAAAUGUUAUUUGCGUCGACAGAGGAGAAACGCCAAUUAAUCAAUCAACACCUCAGGGAUACUGCCAUCCGGCAGAAAUUUUGUACACCGACUCAACUACUCGUCAAUCACGAUCACGAGAACGUAAUUUGAGUAAAGUUCAAGGACCACGGCCUUUGCCAACUCCACCUGCUAAUUAUAAAUUCCGUGAUGCAUCUCCAUCACCAGCAAGAACUCUAUCUCGUUCAGAAACUCCACGAGAUCAAUCUUUACCAGCUUCACUAAAAAGACCUGACACUAUUCCGUCAUAUCAGAAACAUCUUAUUACAGAGGAUUAUGAUCCAGUUGAAGCUCAUCCCUAUGUACCAAGCAGAUCACCGACUCCUUGUCGUCCAAAAUCGCCAGCUCAGGGGCCAGGUUAUCUACCAAAUCCUCUUCAGCAUAAUUUAGGACGCAAGCCUUACGUUUCAAAAGUACCGGAUUAUGAUCAGCCGUCUUCCGAGUCACAUUCAUAUCAAUCUCAAUCAGGAUCAUACUCAUCUUAUCCAGAACAACAAAGCAAACAAGUAACUUAUCGUGCUCAGCAAAAUUCAACACCUCAAAGUCAGUGCACCGAAAGCUAUGGAAUGAGAAGUUAUGCUUCGGAAGAUCAUUCUGAGAAACAGUGCAGUCGCACAUCUUACGCUGAAAAAUACAAAAGAAUCGAAGAGAAACAGCUUGAAGCCUGCCGACAAAGUGAAAUGAUGUUGAGUAAAUCGGAAGAGUCAUUGGUUGAUGAAUCAACUUGCGGUAUUUCGAAAGUUUCUCGCAACCCACCGACACUUCCUUGUCCAGUUGUUGCACCCCAAUCAAGCGUAUCCGAAAGAAUUCAAAGAACAGGAGUCCGUGUACUUCCCACUCCGUAUGAGACGACGACAUCUAGUUCUCAAGUCUGUGAGUCACGGCCUAUUUGCCAUCAGCAAAAAGAAACAAAAUGUCCCAAUACUGGAGUAACUAUAUUACCAUGCAGAGCUAUUUCUGAUGCAGGAAGCCGUGCUGGUAUCGUUAUUGUUCCUUGUGAAGGCUCAGAAGCUCAGUGCCCUCAAACAGGAGUACGAAUAACUCCAACACCAGACAGAGGUCUUUGCGUUUCUCCGGUAGCACACGGACGAUCCUCUGGAAGUUGUUAUGGCGAUGACAAUCCACGAGCAGGAGGCUGUCAAAUCGAUGUCGGAAAUUGUCCGGGAUCGGGAGUUAAAGUUGGCACAUGUGCUGACGGUACAGUCUGCGUGGCUCCAUGGAAAUUAUCUCAAUGUCCAAAACCUAUACUUAAAUGUCCUGCUAAACCAGUUCCUUUUCCCCAUAUCCCGCUUCCUGAUCAAGAAGAAUCUGGUUGUGAUUCAUGCCCACUAAAGAAUCAACAGCAACAACAACAACAACCAGCACCGCAACAAGAUUAUAAUCCUCCCAAUACAUCAUACCCAUCAAACAACAACAGCUUUAAGCCUAUAAAUGGUCAGCCACGCACUAAUUUGAGUAAUCAGCUUACGCGUUUGACUGUACGUCGUGAUAAGCAACUUGUCCAGCUAUUUAAACCGCAACCUCAAUCCUCACAACCUUGUACUGACGGUGUGCACUGUGAGUCAAACGUAAAUCGUUCUUGUACUGACGGUGUGCACUGUGAACCGGAUCCCUAUCGUUCCCCAGCUCCUGCACAGCAAAAUCGUAUGCCUAAUCCCUCGUCCUACGAACCAACUAGAAAAACCCAGAACUCAGUAGAUCCACCGAAUUUCUCGUCCUACCCGGAUUUAGGUAGCGGUGUAGGAGGACCCUCAAGUGGAGGAAGCUGCAAAUUUGCCGGGAGCUCAGCCCCGAAACGUGGACGAGGAAUUCUCAAUCAAGCUGGCGCUGGCGGUCGACAACCACUCUGUGGUCACUGCAAUUCAAAUGUCAGAGGCCCAUUCAUCACAGCUCUCGGACAAAUCUGGUGCCCCGAGCACUUUGUUUGCGUCAACCCACAGUGUCGUCGACCGCUUCAUGAAAUAGGAUUCGUAGAGGAGAAAGGGCAGCUUUACUGUGAAUACUGUUUCGAACGUUUCAUUGCUCCCUCGUGCAACAAGUGUAAUGGAAAAAUAAAAGGCGAUUGUCUUAACGCGAUUGGAAAAGCCUAUCAUCCCGACUGCUUCAGCUGUGCUUACUGCGGGAAAAUCUUUGGAAACAGCCCAUUCUUCCUCGAAGAAGGAUUGCCAUACUGCGAGGCCGAUUGGAAUGAACUUUUUACAACGAAAUGCUUUGCCUGUGGAUUUCCUGUUGAAGCAGGCGAUCGCUGGGUAGAAGCUCUCAACAAUAAUUACCACAGCCAGUGCUUCAACUGCACGAUGUGUAAAAAGAAUCUCGAGGGCCAGAGCUUCUACGCCAAAGCCGGUCGACCCUUCUGCAAAAAUCACGCACGCUAAGCUCACACGAAUAAUUUAACGAAAUUACGCCUUCAAUUAUUUUACUAAUAUAAAAAAAAAUAACAAUAAUAAUAAUAAUGAUAUUUUAGGUAAAUAAUAUAUCAUCAACUCCAGCAUAUUUAUUUUAUUUAAAUAGAAUAUUUAUAUUCAAAAGCUUACGUGUUAUGAGUUUAAUAAAUUGCUAAAUGUACAGAAAAUAAGUAUAAAAAUAGAUCGUCUGUCUCUUGAAUUAGAAUUCAAUUUACUGAUAAAAAUAAUAAUAUUGCUGUAUUCAUCUAUAAUAAUGAAUACUUUAAUAAGUAACCAAAUAAUAACUAGAUCAAUUGAAUUUUUCGAGAUAAGAUUCAAAUAAUAAUAAAUACAAUACAAAGUAAAUGUAUAAGCUUAUGAUUUGUGGCGUGUUCUCUUGGAAAUACAUUAAAAUAUAUAUAUAUUAAUAAUAAUUAUUAAUGAUUUAUCAUAUACUUAAGUACGGGAUAAAAUUAUAUAGAUAAAUAGAUAGAUAGAUAAUAAAUUUUACUUUAUCCUAGAGCCGUAGCUUCCCAAGGACCAUCAAAUCAAAAAGUUACAAAAUCACUGUCGGCCACGAACUAAAAAGGAUUUCUCAUACAUAUUAGAGUUUUUUCUUGUCUAAUAUCAUCUCUGCACAACGCAACCAGCAAUAAUUUAAACUUAGAACCAAAGAAUUUAUAAUUUAAACGAAUUCUUUUAUAAAACAAACAAGCAAUGAAAAAAUAUCUUCUGGUAGCAAGUUUUAGCCUCGCUAAUCUUCAGUAAUGUGGAUAAAUUUGUAUUACUCGAAGAAAUUUAAAAUUAUAUUGAGGUUGAUUUAAGUGGGCGUGUUGUGUACCCCAAUAAGUUAACAAUAAUCACAACUAAAGCUUUAGCUUUAUGAAGCGAUGAUGUACACGCAAAGGUCACCGCUGUAAUUAGAUAUUACGACAAUUUACAAUUGUUAAUUGUUAAUUAUUUAUAAAUACAUAUUUUACAACGACAAUAUAAUAAUUAUAGCUAAUUAUAUUUAUAAACAGAGCAAAUUGUACAAGACAAAAUGUCAGAGGGGAUUUAAUUUAGUGCACAUACCAGCACAACAUAAACGAAAUUUGUGUGUGUGGUGUUGCGUGAUUCGGUACAUAAAAAGUAACUUAAAUAAUUAUUGAGACAGGUCAAGGAGGGGAAGCUAAUUAUGGUUAAACGGUUUUUUACAACUUUAAUUCAUGAUAAUUUAACCCAAAGCUAUUAAACUAUCUCUGGUAAUUAUAAAUAGUAAUUUAUGUUAAAACGAAAUAGUUGAUCAUAAUAUAUAUAAAUAUAUUUAUUAUUAUUAUUAUUAUUAUUAUUACAAAAACGAGUCAAUUAAAUGUAUUAAUUUAUAACCAAAGAAUACCGCUGAUAUAUCAACAAAUAAAAGCAUUGAUUAUUUUUAAUUAACACGCCGGAAUAGGAGAAACAAAACUCUGUAUUGUGUUGCUUUAAAUAAAUAAAUAUAAUUAUACAAAUAAAAUAAAAA